AUGGAGCCCGCGGACUACCAAUUCCGCGACAAUGCGAAUAACACCUUUCCCGAUGUAAUGAACGACCCGGCGUAUGAUGAAAGGGAAAAAGGAUUUGACGACCUGGAUACCUGUCGGAUAUGUCAUGGCGAGGCAACGGAAGAGGAAUCUCUGUUUUACCCGUGCAAGUGCAGCGGAAGUAUUAAAUUUGUCCACCAAACAUGUCUGGUUGAAUGGUUGUCACAUUCGCAGAAGAAACACUGCGAGCUCUGCAAAACGCCAUUCCGAUUUACCAAACUAUAUGACCCAAAUAUGCCCCAGAGCCUUCCUGCACCUCUGUUUGCGAAGCAAGCCUUGAUCCAAUGCUUUCGGACUCUGGUGACAUGGUUGAGAUUUGUUCUGGUUGCAUUUGUUUGGUUGGGAUGGCUACCCUGGUCGAUGCGGGCAAUCUGGAGGGCACUGUUUUGGCUUGCUGAUGGCCGGUGGUCUGCUAAUGAAAGCAUUCGAAACCAGGCCGCACAAACCGCCCAAGAUGGUCUAGGGCAACUGUUCUCAAAUGGAAGCGCUGCAGCAGUAGCUGACUCGAUUACUUCGACCAUUUCUAAUGCCGCUAUCUCAUCUGCUACUGCUGUACCAUCUGCACGGUCGUCCAUUCUCAAUUUCGCAGCUGGUGAGCCACUCAUGCUCACCCUUAUCAAAAAAGUGAUUCCUACUCUCUUCAUGUCCGCAUUUACCUCGACUGUCGGACAAGGCAACACACAAAACAACGUCACGGCUAGCUCGACCAAACCUCGAUAUCCAUCAUGGCUUUCGGAUGUCAAGUUCCUGAACUCGUUGACACCGUAUCCAACAAUUAACAACAUGAUCAUGGACACGUUGGAGGGCCAGCUCAUCACCCUUCUUGUAGUCGUUGCAUUUAUUCUACUCUUCCUGAUUCGAGAAUGGGUUGUGCAACAGCAACCCAUGGUAAACAUCGCAGAAGGAGAGCGCGAGGCUGCUCUUCAAUUGGUUGCAAAUGCCAAUAAUCGGGUAAAUGAUCGAUUAAACGAACAAGCUGGUCUUGGACAACCUGAAGCCAUUCCAGCUCAAAUAGAAAAUGAGGUCAACGAUGAACGCGCCGAAGCCCAUGAGUUGGACAAUGACAACCUCCCUCAUUUUGCUCCUCACUCCCCAGCUCCGUCCUCAAAUGAAUCUGAUUACGGUCUCCCUGGGUUUGAAGCAGAGCUACGAGACUACAAUGGGAACAACCCUGAUUAUGAAAUAGGAGGCCCCCCUCCUACGGCUCGUGCUCUGGCUUUCCGGGACCUAGUGGCCCGGACUCAUGGUAACCACGAAGAAAUGCUGCGCAUCCUCCGCGAAGAGGCUCAUGGGGAUGACCUGGACUGGAUUGUGAAUGCAAUCACUGGAGCCACCAUCAACCGGGAUCCAGCAGCAGGGCCUUCUACUCACCCCCGCGAUCCCGAAGACCCAGGACUCUUAGACGCUGCCCAUCUUGAUUUCCAAGAUGACCAUGGUGAUGAUCACCCACCUGAUACGGACGCCGGACCUUCUACCCAGAACGUGACUUAUGGGCCAUCGACCAGAGACAAUGACAUCCCUGUCGGCAAUGUGCAAGUGGAUGAUCGGCUUCCACAGGGCAUCAUUGAACGGGUGUUCGAAUGGUUUUGGGGAGAUAUCAUACCCGUAGAGCGCGGUACAGAAGAACCAGUUCCCGAAGACGAGGGACAUAUUGUUCAGGAUCCAGCCUUGGAAGACCCAUUCGUGCCCUUGCCAAAUCGGAUGGAACAAAUCCAAGGAAACGCUGCCGCAAAUGCUGCUGCCGCCGCGGCGGAUGCUGGGCUGGACCCUAACGACAUCGAUGCAAUCGAAGGUGACGAUUUCGAAGGGAUCAUGGACCUCAUUGGCAUGCAUGGUCCCAUUUUCGGGCUUUUCCAGAACGGUGUAUUCUGUGCCCUUCUGAUUGCGUUCACAGUCGCCAUCGGUAUCUGGCUCCCGUACCUAUGGGGUAAAAUUGCCCUUGUGUUGUUGGCCAACCCUCUUGAACUCAUCAUUGGUGUCCCUAUCACCGCGGUGGAAGUCGUUGCAGACAUCGCUCUUGAUACUCUUAUUGGUGUCGUGGGAUAUCUCAUGUACUGGUUCAGCUUUGUUUUCAAGAUUGUACUGAGCCCAUUCAGUGCUCUUUUGCCUAUUGGGGAAUGGAUCCCUCGGGACAACUCAGUCACCAGUGCAUCGCUCUCCCUCAUUGAUGCAAGCAGUCACCGCUUGAACAAAGUGAUCAAAGCAUUCCUAGUUUUCCAUGAGUCUGAUAUUCCCAUGUUCUCAGUGCUCUCACACCAGGCGCUUAAAUUGCACCAGGCUCGCCUUGGUGCUGUGUUCCAAUCUGUAUUUGCCAUUGUUAAGUUUAUCCUACAUGACUUCCCACUCCGGAUUGUGACUCUCGGCGUUCCCGGUGCCCUAUCUCUGGAUCUUGACCUUUCCCAUUUAAAGAACUUUGUUGGUCAAGCUCAACAACAACUCACCACCUUCGCUAAAUCAUCACUUUUCUCGAUGCCUGGAACAAGGUUGAUGAGCGCAAGUGCAGCAAAAGCAGCCUCUGCCACAUUACCGGUCGAUUAUGACCUGGCGGUCUGGGAUUCCAAGGAUCGUGUCAUUGCUAUCUUCAUGGGAUAUUUGCUUGCAUUCAUGAUAGGGCUUCUCUAUCUACGGAUCACAGGGCUGCUUUCUGGCGCCAAUCGGGGACAAAGAAUGGAAGGUCUGCUUGCUGAGGUCCUGAUACAAGCCGGAGGAGUUAUGAAGGUCAUUCUCAUCAUAGGGAUUGAGAUGAUUGUCUUCCCUUUGUAUUGUGGCAGUCUUCUUGAUCUUGCUUUGCUUCCACUCUUCUCCGAAGCUACCGUGGCCUCUCGUAUCGCUUUUACUGUUGCUUCCCCGCUCACUUCACUUUUCGUGCAUUGGUUUGUUGGGACGUGUUACAUGUUCCACUUCGCCUUAUUUGUUUCCAUGUGCAGAAAGAUUUUGAGAAGCGGUGUGCUUUACUUCAUUCGUGACCCCGAUGAUCCAACCUUCCAUCCAAUACGUGAUGUUCUCGAACGCAGCAUCACUACCCAGCUCCGUAAGAUAGGGUUUAGUGCCCUCGUAUACGGUGCGCUAGUGAUCGUCUGUCUAGGAGGUGUCGUCUGGGGCUUGCACUUUGCCCUCGAUGGUGUUCUCCCAAUUCACUGGUCUGCCAGUGCCCCGAUGCUUGAGUUCCCGGUUGAUCUGCUAUUCUACAACUUUGUGUUGCCUGUAGUCAUCCAAUCAUUCAAACCUUCGGAUGGAUUGCAUGAUUUGUAUAACUGGUGGUUCCACAAGUGUGCCCAUUACCUGCGUCUCAGCAACUUUUUCUUCCCCGAAAGACACCUGGAGGAGGAAGGCUACCAUGUCCGGAAGACCUGGUGGGGUGUUCUAUCUAGAAGCAAGGGUGACUGGGAACAUCCAGUAAUUGGACGUGAUCAGCAGGCUGCAGCCGAACGGGAAAACAUUGAUGUCUACUUCCUGCGCGACGGUCGAUACGUGCGCGCCCCUGGCUCUGAUCAGGUCCGCAUCCCCAAAGGCAACCGCGUUUUCCUUGAGGUCACCGAAGACAAUGAACGUGUUGAUGGUAAGCCUGAUCCUGCCGAUGGGUUACAUGGCCGAUCUAGCAACAUGUUCACCAAAGUUUAUAUCCCUCCGUCCUUCCGGACUCGGAUCGCUGCCUUCAUUCUUCUAAUCUGGUUAUUUGCCGCCACCACCGGGGUAGGCAUCACCAUUAUUCCCUUGGUCAUUGGUCGGAAAAUCAUCGGCUCCUACUCCUCUACCCUAGCUCCGGUGAACGACGUCUACGCCUUUUCAAGUGGUCUUUGUAUGGUCGGUGCACUUGCCUACCUGGCGUACUACUCCAGUGCCGCACUUGAAUCCGUGCGAGAGCAUACAGGCGCAUACCUUCGCUCUCCUCGCCAAGCAGCCCAGACCAGCUUGGGCCUCGUGAUGCAUGCUGCUCGACUUCUCUACAUAGUCCAUGUCGCCAUUAUCAUUCUACCGUCACUCUUCGCGCUGCUCACUGAACUAUACAUUCUCAUUCCAGCGCACACCCUCUUUGGUGACGGAGAAUCUCAUGUUGUCCAUGUCGUUCAGGACUGGGCACUCGGGGUGUUGUAUGUCCAGAUGGCCAUCAAGUUGACCUUCUGGCAGCCCCAUUCCUGGGUGGCCGCUGCAGUCAACAGCGUCUUCCAAGAUGGUUGGCUGAGACCCAAUGCGAGCCUCGCCACUCGUGCCCUUGUUCUUCCAAUCAUGCUAUUCACUACAAUCGCAGUAACCCUGCCCUUGUCUUUUGGGUUUAUUGUGCGCUGGACAAUUUUCUACUCUCACACCGGAGUGCAGCCUAAUAUUUACCGUUAUGCUUACCCUAUCACACUGUUGACCGUGCUGUCUGUAUGGAUGGUGCAUUUACUGCUGAGACGAGUGGCGGUCUGGCGUACCAAUAUCCGCGAUGAAGUCUAUCUCAUUGGAGAGAGACUGCAUAAUUUCAGUGAGAAACGAGCACGGGAUGUUGGUGUGUCGCGAGUGAUGACAGGGUGA